AGCUUUUCUUGAGUCAAAAUGGUCUCACGACACUCAUCCAAGAUAUUAUGACGUUCAAUUUUUGACUUGUAAUUAUUCCCAAUCCACUUUUUCUUUUGCGCCCACGUUCUUGAUUGCCGUUUUAAUUGCCUCGUCUCAUCGUAAGGAAAAGUACAUUCACGUUGACAUGCGAACUAUGCUAUCGCUGUUUUUAGCACACGGAAAGACGCUCAUUUCUAGCAUUGAUUAGCAUUAGGGAAAAAUCCUCAAAGUAAAGCAAAUCAAUACGAAAUUAUGUCGGUGCAGCCUGACGAGGCCACGUGGCGCGCGCACGUCCGGGCGCAGAACAACGACUACGAGUUUUACGAUCGAAAUUGCGACGCGGAUAGCCUGAAUUACAAAAGCAAAGCGCACGGUGGAGCUGCGGUUCAUCCUCUUGUUCCGGGCUUUGGUCAACAUCCGCUAGGUGGUGGGAUUGGUGCAGUUGUAUCAGGCGCUCCUGGCGGAACAAUUGUACAACCAUCUGCGGACCACGACACAUCAUCUACAAAAAAAUCGAAAAGCAAGAAGGAGAAAAAGGAAAAGAAGGAGAAAGUCACGAAAAUCACCACGCUAAUCGGCGCUGCAGCAAACAACUCCAAGCCGAAGAGCGCGGAGCUGACGUCUGGUGAGGAAAAUAACAAACAGGGUCGUGAUAGAGACCUUGUGGUCUGUGGCGCGGAAAUAAACGAGCAAGGCCAGGAUGUGGUCAGCAAAAAAACCGGCGGCAACUACACGAGUUCCAACGAUGCCACCAGCCCGAGGUCUGCGCAAAACAAUGGAAUUGCUGUCGAUGGUGCCAACGGGGAGCUGCAAUCAUCAAAAUCUUCUCCAGAAGACAGCGCUUCUUCUCCGGAACUGAUGCAAACAAACACGAAAGAACAAUUCUACGCCAAUCAGGAGAACGCGGAUUCUUCCACCUCUCUCCAAGAUCAACAGCAGCAAGCUCCCGCGGCGUGGAUCGCGGAAUUGGAGUGGCGACAGUUGUUGAUCACAACUCGGUAUGAAUUGCAAAAGUAUCGUAGUCGCAGUAUUGCAAUACAAAUUAGCUCAGCAUGACAAAGGGAAUUUGUCAUGCGGAGCCAGCCUAAGAAAGAGAUUUGUAAUGCAUAAAUGCAAUUACUCACUACGAGAGCGAUACUUUUGCAAUGCAUACUCGGGAAAUGGUGAUCGACUGGGCCGAGCAGAAGGGGACGAAGGAAGUGAAAAUGCCCGUGUCGAAGUACGAGGAACAGUAUGCGAAGUUGACGAACGGGAAAGUUUUGAAGUUCCCGAUGUUCGAUGGGGAAGUCACGGAUUUGUACAGCUUACACGAGGCGCUGGCGGAGGAGAAGGGUAUUUUUUGAAGUGAACAAUGUUGUCAUGCAAAAAAAUCGUGAUACGGAUACAGCUAUGCUAGUGUUUUCAUCUACUUCCAUAGCAUGAAUAGAUUUUGAUGCAGCUACGGUCUUGCCUUGUCAUGCGAAAAGCUUCAUCAAACCAUUAUACAAAAAUCAGGUUUCAUGUCCUACGUGAAAAACUGGGAGUACAUGCUGAUCCCCAAGGAUGACACGAAGUGGCAUAUGCAUUGCAAAUAUCCCUGGAUGUCUGGAAGGAUGUGAACUUGUGAUGCAUGUUGCUGAUCGUACAAAAAUCUGUGUUGCGUGACUUGCAAAAGGUGCACAUAAGUAUCUGGCCAUGCUGUGAGGGCGUUUCUCAUGCAGAACAGGCAUCACGACCAAGGGGCGACAGAUCCUGUGAUGCUAGGCCCUGCAUUCCAGAUUUGGUGGUGCUUGGAAAAACUGCAUUACAAUGAUCUCGGCACCUUCCAGAGGACCCAGACGUGUUUGCAGUUGAUAUGGCAAUCUCGAUUGCAAAAAGACCCGCUGUUUUACAUUAUCGAGCAAGAAGCUAGGGUGAAUAGUGAAAUCAAGCAAAUCCUCGAGGAGAAGCAGCAACUGUUCAAAGAGAAGCAGCUGAACGAGAAAAAACAGCAGGAUUUGAAGAAAAACGUGGACUCGUGCAAAAAAGCCUACAUGCUGCAAAGGGGCGAGCAGAACCGGGAGCAUAUCAAAUGCAAAAAUGUCUGGGUCUGGAAACUUGUAAUGCUAAAAGUGAAUGAUAGACGCGCCGCAAUACGCAGCUAUGCAUGACAAAUUUUGUGGCUGCCAUGUCUUACGUAUUCCGCAUGGCAAACUGCCUUUUCGCAUGACAGAUAAGAGGGCUCUUUCGUGCCUAUGCAACACAGAUUCCCGAGUCGUGCCAGACAAGCAUGACAAACUUGCAUUCUUCCAGACCCAGACAUUUUUGCAUUUCAUAGAGCAGUUGCGGAAGCAAGAGGAUAAGUACAACGAAGCCGGGGCGGAAAUUCAGCGGGUUGUGCUGGAGAUGCGGAAUUUGGACACGAAGAUUAGAUUGCUGGAGAAGGAGAAAAAACAAAUCGUGCGAUAUCGGUCCGUCGAGGAGGUUACGAAGGAGAAGGAGGAGAGGAAAAACAACAUGGUCGAGGAGAAAAAAACGAGCACGGAUCUGGUGAACGCGUUCACGGCUUUAGUGAUGGUGGAGGAGGAAAAGGGGGAAAACGAGGAGAACCGUCGUGGUGCCCGUACUACCGCUGCGCAAAUGAAAAAGCUUGCUCCUGCUCCGAAGCCAGUUCCGGCGAAGGAACCGAAGAAGAAGAAGGAGGAACAUCAGUACGAGUAUCACAAAGACCAGCAGUACGAAUACAACUACAAACCGCAAAAAAAAUCCUCGAAACACCAGAGUAAUAAACCCACAUCCGAGGUCGCCGCGGUGACUGCUGCGGAAGAAGAUGACUUCAUGUGAGAUACUGGAUGCGUCGCUUGUUUUUACGGGUUUUUUCACAGGAAAAAAAACUGCACGAGGAACAACGAGAGUCGAGCAUUGUUCGCGGCGGAAGCAGAUGAACAAAUCGGGAUGAACAGAAAAAUACCGGCGUCCGGGAAAGACUAGUGCGGUCUAGCCAUUGGAAGAAUGGUGCCGGGAGGACGAGCAGCCAAAGUUAAUACCGGGAUGAUUAUUGCGGAAUAAGACCACCAGGCUGCGGAUGAACAUGGUCGCCCAAUUGACCCCUUGCUGCGGAUCAUGCGGGUCGCAAUGGAAAGAGAAACCGGAACGGCAAAUCCGACUCUUCGAAUCAGCUAGAAAUCUAAGUACCUUUCACGGAUCGUCACACGGGUGACUUGAACUACCGAGUCCGGGACGAGCGGUGGGAUUUAUUUUCUACGUGGCCGUUGCGACAGCCCAUCAUGUUUCAGUUUCAUCUUCACCAAAUUGUGAGUGGUGCAGAGUCAUAAUGUGGAGGUAUUCACUGUAGACUUACUUACACGACGAGUGGUGCCCUAGAAUGAACAACUUGGUGCUGAUUCAAGAACAUAUUAAGUAAUCGGAAUUAGGCUGGUGUUAAUCUUCCUACUUCGAAUGUUGUGGUGGGCCUCCAUGUUACAAUAACAGAGCGGACGAAGUUCUUGUUGUUUCUUGCAACUCAUUCAAACAUAAAGCACGCUUUUGAAAGAAAAACAAAAAGCACCUACUAGGAUUUGGAAAAUCGAGCCUGCUGUAUCUCAUACACUGCUCGAAACCUCCUCCGCGUAUGGUUCUUGCAGGUCCCACAGUCAGUCGGAAGACUACUAGGGAAGAAGUUGCGACAUCAAAAAUUAUGCGCUCCAAAAAUGACUGCAAAAUAUUCAACUUUUGGCUUUAUUUCGAUUGUCCACAUCAAAAGUAAAGCUUCGAUAAAGCGACGAAUCAACCGCAAAAGGAAAAUGGAGGACGCCCCGCCUUCCUGACUGCGCCCUUGCGUCACACGCAAGAGGGUACUUAUUGUGGG